CUUUUGGUCUUUCCUUUACCCUUUUGUGGAUUCCAUAGCGAUUGUCCUGUGAGGAAAUCCCUAAUAUAACAACCAUUUGGCUCAGGCCACCUAUUCCUUCCCUUUCCCUCUCGACUCUUUUUCUCUCUAUUGUGUCCGCUAUAUUUUCACUCAAUCCUCACAGAACUUGUGUUCCUUUCUUUUGGUUGGGGAUUUGCUCAAUAUUGGUGGAAAUCAGGCUCUUUGCCCAUCUGGCUCUUCGUGAUCUUGUGUUUUUGCAAUUGGGUUUUUGUUUUGAAGGGUUCUUCCUGGGUUGUGAUAAUCUCUUCCUCAAGGGUAAAGAACGGAUUUUACAUUCUGGGUGUUUAUUUACUGUGUUUGUUUGUUCCUUGUGAGGUGAAGCUGUUAAUUUUCAAGGGAAGGAGCAAUUUUGGUGGUUGCUCUGGUGGGUUUUUCAUGGGAUCUUCGAUUACAUUCCAGCCGAAGUAAAUUUUUGUAGUUGGAGAUUGUGUUCGUGUUGAAUUUGAUAGAGAGAGCGAAAAGAGGAGAUGAAGAGAGCUAAAGAUGAUGAGAAGAUCAUGGGGCCUAUGUUCCCAAGACUUCAUGUAAAUGAUAAAGAUAAAGGAGGACCCAGGGCACCUCCAAGGAAUAAGAUGGCCCUAUAUGAGCAGCUCAGUAUUCCUUCUCAGAGGUUCAAUCCCAGUGUCGCGCCUCUUAACCCAAGUAACACGAGCAACUUGGUUCCUCCUGUGCCUUCUAUCCAGGGAGGUGGCCAGGAAAGAAACUUGCUUUCCCCUUUUCAUGUACACCCUUCAAUGCCUACAACUAUGGCCGAGAAGUUUCAUCCUUACCAGAUUGAUGAAGGUAAUUUGAACACUCUGUCAUCCCAACUUGGGCAGAAAAAGAGGGUUGGUGAUGAAGAUGAUUUUAGGGUUCCUGUAUAUGUUAAUUAUGGGAUGGAUCAAUGCAAUAAUAAAACUCAGAACAGCUCUGAUAGGGAAAAACCCACUCCAUUCACCACAAGUUAUUCAAGCAGUUCAACGAAAUUCCAAAAUACUUGUGUUAAGGAUCCAAAAAGAGUUAAUUUAGCAGGUCCAAGUUUGAGACAAGAGCUUAAAAACAAGAGUGAUCAGAACCCUGAAGUGUGCGUCUCAAGUAGGGAUCAUUCAGUAAAAUCUGCCCCAAAUUUACCAAAUAGAGAAGAGGCUGAUGGAAAUGUGUAUGAAGCAAAUUUAUCUCCAAAUCAAGAGUAUCAAGACCAUCAUUCGGCUAACUUUGGCAGAUAUGUUGCUCAUGGAGAUUGUUUACAAGGAGAGUCUAGAGCUGUGUUGCAGCGGCAUGACGGUGGACAUGGUGAUGAGGUUAUUGAGAGUGCAAGAUACUUGGAGUGUACUGAUGUUUCCCGACCAAGGAGCAGCUUUCAUUUGAGGGAGGAUUCUAGCAGUCUUAGUCAACCUGACAAGAACAGCGAAUCUCGUGGAGAGAAAACACGUAGACUGCCACAAUUGACAGACGGAGAUAGAAGUGAUGAUGCCUCUGAAACAUCUAUGGUAGAUUCUAUGUCAGGCUUGGAUAUCUCUCCUGAUGAUGUUGUGAGAAUAAUUGGCCAGAAACAUUUCUGGAAAGCAAGAAGAGAAAUUGUCAAUCAACAAAGGGUGUUUGCUGUUCAAGUGUUUGAGUUGCAUAGACUGAUAAAGGUUCAACGAUUAAUCGCUGCAUCACCAGAUUUUUUAUCCGAUGGAACUUAUCUUGUGAAACCUUCUAUGAAGUCCUAUCCUGCAGCAAAACUUCCGAUAGAGUAUGUCGUUACACCAUCACCACGUGUUCCGCAAAAGGAUGAUAUUGAGAAGCCUAGCCAUAAGAUGGAACAUUCUGCGGAAAACGCAGUUGGAAAGACAUCCGUCUCUCCUGGAAAAAUUUGUAGUCAACCUUUGAAUUUUGGACCGCCACAGGUACCUGUAGCCACCGAUACCAAAACACCUCCUUGGGGUUUCCAUCCAUCUCCCGGGCAUCAAUGGUUAGUUCCUGUGAUGUCACCUUCGGAAGGACUGGUCUACAAACCAUAUCCUGGGCCUGGAUUCAUGGGAAAUGCUUUUGGUGGAUCUGGUCCUUUUGGUCCUAAUCCUUUACCUGGUAACUUUGUGAAUCCCUCAUAUAGUAUUCCGACUUCUUAUCAUCACCAUCAAGGGUUUGGGGUUAUGCCAGGCGUCCCUACAGUUGGUCAGAAUUUCUUCCCUCCAUAUAGCAUGCCAGUCAUGAAUACAGCCAUCUCUAGCUCUGCUGUCGAACAAACGAACUGGUUUGUAGGACCUGGUUCACAUGGUCAAACUAGUCACUUGUCUGAAAGGGGAGCUAGUUUUAACCCAGAACAUCAGAGCUCUUGUCGUGUGCUGACCCAGAAGAGUGGAGCACUUCCACAAGUUACGAAGUUGCAGGCAUCUAGAGAGUCUGAGAUACAAGGAAGUACAGCAAAUAGUCCCAUUGAAAAAGGAGAUGGAACUGCUCAAAGAAAUGGUGCAAUUACCCUUUUCCCAAUGGCUCCUGCUGCUGAGGACGGAGCCUCCCAGCCUCAUUACACAGACCAGCCAAGAAGAGUAAUAAAAGUUGUGCCUCACAAUCCUAGAUCUGCCUCUGAAUCAGUAGCUCGGAUUUUUCAGUCUAUACAAGAAGAGAGAAAACACCACGAAUCCACUUAAAAUGUCUAUCAAUCACUGGUAUGCAAAUGUUUCUUGAUUCUUGAACUCACAUGGGAUGAUGUACUUGGUCUUCCUCUGUAUUUUAUUGGGUGUGAAAUUUGUGUAAUGUUUUUGUUCUUUCCUCUUGUCCACGGGAUACAUAGAUACGUCUGUGGAAGGUCACAGGAAGUCAGUAUGACAUGAAAUGUUAUCUAUGUUAUAAAUAAUGUUGUGUACUCAUGUUUGAUCCGCCACAGGCGGAGUGGUGGAGGCGAUGUGGGUCAUCAAAUGGAGAGUAGGUUAUGUACUUUGUAAAUUCAGUUAUUUUUGUGUAGCUCGCUCGAUCUCCCGGUGAGCUUGUCACUGCAGAUAAACUUGGUUUAUUACUUGUAUGGUAUUUGGUUUUGAACUUCUUUAUUGACAAUAUUAGAAACACUCUUUUGCCUCCA